CUGUUUGGUAUAAAUACCCUUCUAUCAGGUUCAUCUCUGCAAGGGCUCCAGCAGGUAAGUUCACUAGAACUCUCGAUAGCUAGAGGAUCGUCAUUGUGGUGAUCACAAGAAUGGCAGGCAGGUUUAGCUUCGGUCUCCUAAUGGUUGGUGUUUUUCUACUCUCUUCCUUCUCUGAAGGAAAUAAAGCGAAGCUGUUAUAUGAUCAGGGGAAUGUUCAAAAGACCUGGUGCGUGGCGAAGCCAUCAACAGACGAUGAGACCCUCCGCAGGAACUUCAACUUUUCAUGCUCACAAUCCCACGUCAACUGUGGGGUACUGUCAAAAGGCAGCGCAUGCUUUUAUCCGGACAACCUAAUCAACCAUGCCUCUGUUGCCAUGAAUCUCUAUUACAGUUCUACUGGAAGGAAUGCAUGGAAUUGCUACUUUGGUGGCUCUGCCCUGAUCACAACCACCGAUCCAAGUUAUGCUGGAUGCUACUAUGCAUGAUUUCAAUAUGAAAGAGGAAAGAAGAAAAUGUAUGUGUUGGCCUCUGAAGAACAAGGAAUUGAUUGAAUUGCUGUGCUUCUGUUUGUAGUGGUUGGCUCAUGCUUUUUGUUGUGAUGGUAACUCUUAAUCAGUGAAGAAAUAAUAUGUAGUUUGCUGGCUUUCAAGUCCUACUCCAAAUACAGAUACAAGCUAAAU